GGGGAACGCGAGUGGGGCCGGCCGGCUGAGUGAGCCCCGGGGAGGCUGGCGGGCGACGGAGAGGGCUGGACCGGUUGUCUCCCGCGCGCACUAUCGCGGGCGCGUAGUAGAUGUCGCUGUUGUCCGUGCUUACGCGGCCGGCCGGCCGGGCUCUGCAGCACGUGACCUGCGAGGAGGCUGCGGCUCAAGGCCAUUUUCAAAUCUCAUUGGCUUGGUUGUCAUGUGGUCGGCAGAGGCAUCCACAAUUACACGGGGAAUGUUUUCCUAGAGAUGUCAGCCUACAAAGGACACAAUCUCUCUUCUUCAAAUUCCUCCCCAAAAUGUCCUUUCCCAACAGCUCUCCUGCUGCUAAUACUUUUUUAGUAGAUUCCUUGAUCAGUGCCUGCAGGAGUGACAGUUUUUAUUCGAGCAGCGCCAGCAUGUACAUGCCACCACCUAGCGCAGACAUGGGGACCUAUGGAAUGCAAACCUGUGGACUGCUCCCGUCUCUGGCCAAAAGAGAAGUGAACCACCAAAAUAUGGGUAUGAAUGUGCAUCCUUAUAUACCUCAAGUAGACAGUUGGACAGACCCGAACAGAUCUUGUCGAAUAGAGCAACCUGUUACACAGCAAGUCCCCACUUGCUCCUUCACCACCAACAUUAAGGAAGAAUCCAAUUGCUGCAUGUAUUCUGAUAAGCGCAACAAACUCAUUUCUGCUGAGGUCCCUUCGUACCAGAGGCUGGUCCCUGAGUCCUGUCCCGUUGAGAACCCCGAGGUUCCUGUCCCUGGAUAUUUUAGACUGAGUCAGACCUACGCCACCGGGAAAACCCAAGAGUACAAUAACAGCCCCGAAGGCAGCUCCACAGUCAUGCUCCAGCUCAACCCUCGUGGCGCGGCCAAGCCGCAGCUCUCGGCCGCCCAGCUGCAGAUGGAAAAGAAGAUGAACGAGCCCGUGAGCGGCCAAGAGCCCACCAAAGUCUCCCAGGUGGAGAGCCCCGAGGCCAAGGGCGGCCUUCCGGAAGAAAGGAGCUGCCUGGCUGAGGUCUCCGUGUCCAGUCCCGAAGUACAGGAGAAGGAAAGCAAAGAGGAAAUCAAGUCUGAUACUCCAACCAGCAAUUGGCUCACUGCAAAGAGUGGCAGAAAGAAGAGGUGCCCUUACACUAAGCACCAAACGCUGGAAUUAGAAAAAGAGUUCUUGUUCAAUAUGUACCUCACCCGCGAGCGCCGCCUAGAGAUCAGUAAGAGCGUUAACCUCACCGACAGGCAGGUCAAGAUUUGGUUUCAAAACCGCCGAAUGAAACUCAAGAAGAUGAGCCGAGAGAACCGGAUCCGAGAACUGACCGCCAACCUCACCUUCUCUUAGGUCCCAGGCCCGUCGGAGGCCAGGAUCGGAGAGGGGGCACCGCGUUCCAGGGCCGAGUGCUUGAAGGACUGGGAAGGCGGAAACAAAACCUUCAUUGCUCUUUGUUUUUUGUUUUGUUUUGUUUUGUUUCCUGCUAGAAUGUGACUUUGGGGUCAUUCUGUUCGUGCUGCAAGUGAUCUGUAAUCCCUAUGAGUAUAUAUAUAUUAAAAAAACUAGCACGUGUAA